GGGCGGGGGCGGGAGGAGGAAGAGGAAGAGGAGGCCUGUCGGAGGUCAUGAGCGCGCUGCGGUUGCUGGGGCUGCCGAAGCUGGGGCUGCCGCUGCGGGCUGCCGGGACCGCGGCCCGGGUCGGACGUUCGCGGCCCUUCCCGCCGCCGCCGCCGCGCCGAGCCAUGAGCCGGUACAUCACCGAGGAGCGGGGCCUCCCGGGCUCGGACCAGUAUCGCCUCUACUUUAAGACUACAGCUGGUCACUACAUCUCCCCCUUUCAUGACAUUCCUCUGAAGACUGAAUCCAAAGAGGAAAAUGGCAUUCCUACAAAGAAAGCUCGGACCAGUGAUCAUGAGGCAGUGUUUAAUAUGGUUGUAGAAGUACCUCGUUGGACAAAUGCCAAAAUGGAGAUUGCCACCAAGGAGCCAUUGAAUCCCAUUAAACAAGAUAUAAAGAAAGGCAAGCUACGUUAUGUGGCAAAUAUCUUUCCUCACAAGGGUUACAUAUGGAAUUAUGGUGCCCUCCCUCAGACUUGGGAAGAUCCUCAUCACAAAGACACCACCACCAACUGCUGCGGGGAUAAUGAUCCCAUUGAUGUUUGUGAAAUAGGCUCAAAGGUUCGUGCUCGUGGUGAGAUUAUUCAGGUGAAGAUUCUUGGAAUUUUGGCUCUUAUUGAUGAGGAUGAGACAGAUUGGAAGUUAAUUGCCAUCAGUGUGGAUGACCCAGAAGCCUCCAAAUUCCACAAUAUCGAUGAUGUGCGGAAGCAUAAACCAAGUUACCUUGAAGCAACACUUGACUGGUUCCGUUUAUACAAAGUGCCUGAUGGAAAACCAGAAAAUAAAUUUGCUUUUAAUGGAGAGUUUAAAGACAAGGAUUUUGCUCUCCAAGUUAUUGAAUCUGUGCACAAACAUUGGAAAGCCUUGCUUCAUAAAAAGGCUGAUGGAGGAGAUAUAAAUUGUGUUAAUGUACAGGUAUGUGACAGCCCUUUCUGCUGCAGUGAAGAAGAAGCCAGAUCCAUAGUGCAGUCGGCAUCAACUGCAGUAAAUGAAGAUUCAAAUUCCAAAGAAGAUGAAGAUAUCCACAGGUGGCAUUUUAUUAAGAAGUGAUGGAAGUCUCCAAUCAUCUUUCAUCCCCAGGAGCCACAGACAAGUUCAAGCAAUAGCUGCUGCCUCCCUCUUGAAGCUUCACUUUUAUAUGAAUCGAGAUAGAUAGCAUAAAAUAAAUAUUGGACUUCCAGAUUGUUCUUUCUUUUCAUAUUUACUCAAAAUGCAAACUUUUUUUAGUUCUUAUUUUGCUUUCUUAGAAAAAGUUUGGAAGCAACAUGUUUUGAAUUGUUGACCAUUCCUGUGCCUAAAAGGAAACCCGUAAGUUUCAUAGCUCUAUUUCUCUGCAUGAAUGUAGAAUGCUAAAUUUAAUAUAUUAAUGAGGUUCUGAAAAAAGUUAAUAUAUUAACUAGGUGAUAACUAUUGUUCUCAUUUCAGAGUAUAUUAAAAUGCAAGUUCUAAAACAAGUGGCAGCUUCAUUUAGCCAGCAUCUGCCCUCUGUCUCACACUGUCAUAGUAUCUAAGAAUUUGUGGAUGCCUCAAGUUUAUACUACCUUACAUUUGUCUGUCUGUCUGUCUCUCUCUCUCUCUCUCUCUCUCUCUCUCACAUACACACACACACACACACACACACACACACACACACAUACAUACACACAAAACACAGAAUCCUUUCAUAUUCAUCAUCUCAUGUGAUCCUCACCAAGAACUUGACACAAUAUUAUAUAGGACAAACAUUAACACCAUUUUAAAGGUGCUAAAGGAAUCGAAUGUAAAAAUUUAGACCUUUACUGAAAUGUAAUAACCAUAUAUUCUUUUUAAGAUUUCUGAAAACAAAGAUUGAGCUAUCUUCCAUAAAACCUAUACAGCAACCUUCAUAACUUAAACAUAAUUUGUUAAGUAACCUAAAUCCUAAUGUUUUAACUUAAUCUCUAUUUUCCUCAUCUGAUUAUUAGCAGAGAUGGAAAAUAUUUGGAGACUAUCCUUUGAAAAUUCUUCAUAAACCUGAAUGCUGCUAUUUAGUACCUUCUCAGUUUUCUCAGACUAUUGAGUUCCUAUCUUCAAAGUAUUUAGUCUUGUCAAGAUUCUAGCCUUUGAAACUUUUUUCCAAAUCCUUUCCAAAGUCUCCAUAUUAACACACUAGCUCUAGAGACCCAACAUGAAUGUAUCAAAGCAUCUUACUAAAAUGUCAAAUAUAAAUGGAUUAUUAUUUUAUUCUUUAUAUUCCUAUUUAUGCAUUUUAGUUUGCAUUUUUGCAAUUUCAGCUUUGUCCAGUGUUUAUAUUGUCCAAAAUAAUUAUUCUUAUUACUUGCUAUUUACAUAGAUGCUCUAAGUGAUAAAGAUGAUAAUUUAAGAUCAGUAAUUACCUUUAUUGCUAGCUUUUUGUAUCAUGUAACUAGCAAUUUAUAAAGUAAUGAUCUGGAAGAGUAUCUAAUUUGUACCCAAGGAUGUGGAUCACAUACUAGACUUGAAGAUCAGAAAACCUAGAUUCAUAUCCUGUCUUUGUUACUUCCCAGCUUACUUAAACUUUAAUUUCUUCAUCUGUAAAAUGGGUUUUAUAUUGUUUGUGGUUCUUACCUCACAGGCUUGAAAAGAAGACUAAAUGAAGUAAUAUUUUUAUAAAGUGCUUUCUAAGCAUCUGGUAUUAUAUGCCUGAUGCUGUUUGUUUUUAAUAACUUGAUAGAGAUGUGAAAGACUCUGAGAGCAGAAUAUGCCCAGGCAGAGCUCAAAAGGCAGAAUUUGUCUUCUGAUAUCUCUAAAUAGCCUCUUAUGUAGUCUUCAUAUUUUAAGUCUAAUAACUGUUGACAAUGUGUUGUAGCAUUCCUUAUGAUACAUUCUCCAUUAUAUCAAGUAAAUGGUUGAACUUGUGAAAGUUAACAAAGAGUUAUUAAUAGAUUAUAGGGUACUUAACAGUCUCUAUUCUUCAACUACAGAAAUUUCACUAGAGAUCUUUUUUUUAAACAAUUAUUUUCCCUUCAACUUCAUCUUCUUCUGCUCUAUACUUUUUCCACAUUGAUUCCCCAUUUUUUCUUUUAAAUAUUUUGAGCUAUUUGGAACUAACUUUAUUUUGACAUGAGAUUUUUGUCCUAAAGUAAAUGGUUAAAACCUCUUUGCAAAAAGAAUUAAUAAACUAAUAUUAUUUUUACCAUAGUUACUCCCACUCAAAGGGGACAAAAGUACUUCAAGAUACAUUGGUCUUAGAUGAUUAGUGCUUUCAUUGCUUUCAGAACAUACUUGACUACUUUUAAAAAGCCAAAAAAAACCCCAGCUAAUUUACAGACAUGCAGAAAUGAUCAUUGCCAUAGUCUAUGUUUGUCUGGAUCUAGUGGAAAUCCUUUCUUUUAUUCCUUGGUACUUUUCUGGAAUUUUAAAGAUGUAUUUCAUGACAUAACACAAGGUAUUUUUAAGGAAAGGCAGUACCUCUUAGAAGCAUGAAUAUCUUUUGCUUCACUAGCUGUCUAGAGUGUGGUAUGCAUUUUGUCAUGUAAUGGUGUUUGAUGAUAUAUGUAAAUUGUUGAGAUUUUGUCAGAGAUGUUAUCAGAAAAAUAAAGACAUCAUUCACUUGUAACUUUCAUAAAUUUAUUCCCAGCAGUCAAUCUUUUCAAGUAUUGUUUCUAAUCAAGAUAAUAUGCUUCACUUGGGAAUUGUUUAUAAUUAAAUGAUGCCACAUAUAGAUUCUUAGAGAUGUUUAAUUCUUAUUUAUGAUUGGUGGCAUAAGGAAGAAAAUGUUAUGAAUGGGUUAAUAUUUAGAAAUAAGAUAUUAUUUGUGAUUGAAUUGCACUAAUGAAAGCUUGUGGAUUGCAGACAAUGAAAAUGAUUAUUACUUUGAGAUGCCCAGUAGCAAAUGUUAGUGAUUUGUCAGUGGUAUGGGCAUAUGGAACAUAAACCCUUUCUUUCUAUUAAAGACACUGUCUUUGUACCAGCAUCUGUUUGUGUAAUUCCCCCCACCCUCCACCCUUACCCAGGGCAUAAAAAAAAAAAAAAUACAACAAAUUAGGUUUGCUACUCUUUAAUGCCUUUUUCCAUAACUGGCAUUGAAUGAAUGAUUUUAAAAUGUAGCACAAUUCUGGAGAAAACAGGUGGUGUGGUUGAUGCAAUUGACGUUGGCUAAAUACUAUGUGGCAUAGUGUCACCCUCUGACCAGUUGUUCAUUCAAUAAAAGCUUUUUGCAUAUUCUCACAAGAA